UUUCUGCUCAGCCUCACUGUACACUCUGCAAUAAUUAGUAAUGGUUCAGGUAGCCGAGAGCGAGGAUGUGACAUGCCUGCCAAUGUCGCAGCAAGACGAGUGGAAAGACGUGGUACCACUCGCCCAAGAGGAGACUGCCAGCCCCGUCUGCCCGAUUGCGUAUGCUGAAGACUACAAAGAAAUGAUGGACUAUCUGCGCGCACUGAUGGCCAAGGGUGAGAUUUCGCAGCGCGCGCUGAAAUUGACCAGCCUGGUGAUCGAGGAGAACCCAGGGCACUACACGGUGUGGGUGUACCGCAAGAAGCUCGUGCGUGAGCUGCAAGUAAACAUGGAAGAUGAGCUCUCGUGGGUAGCCGAUCUGUCAGCAAUGCAGCCGAAAAACUACCAACUCUGGCACCACCGCGAGGCCGUUGUGGAAAUGCUGUUAGAUCCAGCCAGCAUACAGGGCAUGUCGCAGGACGACCGUGUUGCGAUCCCAGUGCUGCGUCGCGAGCUUGGAUUUCUGGCGGAGUCGCUGGACGAGGAGUCGAAGAACUUCCACGCAUGGGCAUAUCGGCAGUGGCUUGUGCGUACAUACGGGCUGUGGGACCAGGAGCUGGCGUUUGUGGCGGUGAAAAUCGACGAGGACAUACGCAAUAACUCUGCGUGGAACCAGCGCUACUUUUCGCUAGUUGCUGGCGGCUCUAGCCUGAGUGCUGACGUUGUGGAGCGCGAGUUAGCCUAUACGCUGGAGAAAAUCAAGCUGGCACCGAACAACGAGAGCCCGUGGUCGUUCAUUGUCGGGCUGCUGUUGCGUCACGCGCCGGAGAAGCUGUACGAGUCGCUGUUGCCGCAGAUCAAGGCCUUGGCGGCCGACGAGGAGUACCUGACCGCGAUUAGUGGCACUCCCUUCUACUGGGCAACACUGGUUGAUAUCUACGAGCAGCAGGCGAAGGAUGUCCCAGAGAAACAAAAGGAGGCGAUUGAGCUUGCAUCCAGCGCGUGCGAUGUGCUGGCGACUGAGUGCGAUCUGCCGCGUCAAAAGUACUGGCAGUUCCGCCAGACACAGCUCUGAGGAGGAGGUUAUUUUGUUUUACUGAGAGAUCUUUGAAUAGUACUCUGCUGUCAGAAACGACGGCAUAUUUUCCAUACGAGUUAUUG